UGCUCCCGGCGCCGCCAGCUCGGCCCGGCGCGGGCAGGCGCGCGCGGCGCAGCCAUGGAGCCGGAGUGCCGGGUGCUUUCCAUCCAGAGCCACGUCGUCCGCGGCUACGUGGGCAACAAGGCAGCCACCUUCCCCCUGCAGGUUUUGGGAUUUGAAGUUGACACGGUGAACUCUGUCCAGUUUUCAAACCACACAGGCUAUGCCCACUGGAAGGGUCAGGUGCUGAAUUCAGAUGAGCUGCAUGAACUCUACGAAGGGCUGAAGCUGAACAAGGUCAACCGCUACGAUUAUGUGCUCACAGGGUAUACAAGAGACACAUCAUUUCUGGCAAUGGUGGUGGAUAUUGUCCAGGAGUUGAAGCAACAGAAUUCCAACCUCGUGUAUGUGUGUGAUCCAGUGAUGGGUGACAAGUGGAAUGGAGAAGGCUCUAUGUAUGUGCCCAAGGAUCUCCUGCCAGUCUACAGGGACAAAGUUGUACCUGUUGCAGACAUAAUCACUCCUAACCAGUUUGAAGCUGAGUUGCUCACAGGCAGGAAGAUUUACACAGAAAAAGAUGCACUGGAGGUAAUGGAUAUGCUCCAUGCCAUGGGACCAGAGACUGUGGUGAUCACAAGCUCAGAUCUACAGGCACCUCUGGGAAAUGACUACCUGAUUGCUCUGGGAAGCCACCAAAAAACUAAAGCAGAUGGUACCAGGAUAACACAGAGAAUUCGAGUGGAGUCUCCCAAAGUGGAUGCUGUCUUUGUGGGAACAGGAGACCUGUUUGCUGCUAUGCUUCUGGCAUGGACACACAAGCACCCAAACAAUUUGAAGGUGGCAUGUGAAAAGACUGUGUCAGCCAUGCAGCACGUUCUGCAAAGGACCAUUAAGAGUGCAAAAGUGCAAGCUGGAGAAGGAAACAAACCAAACUCAGCCCAGCUGGAACUGAGAAUGGUCCAAAGCAAAAAGGACAUAGAAAACCCAGAGAUCAUAGUGAAAGCCACCGUGUUAUAAAGGCUCCACGUCUCCAAUAACGCACAAUGUAUCGAUGUCCUCAUUUCUUUCCUGUAAAUUGUAAUAUUUGCCUUAGAUCUGUGACAGAAACCUGACUUUCAUGAAAUAGUGCCCAGCAUAGGCAGAUAUCCACUCUCAAACAUAUGUGCUGGCCUUGCUCAGUUUUAAAUCCAGAACAGUUAGUGUGCAUUGAAGCAUAUUCCCAGGUAUCCCAAUGUCUGUCAGAUUCACUUAGUCUGUCUGAUUACCCAGGGCAAAAGAGCAAUGUUCCUGCCUUGCCAAAGACUGUAGAUGUGAAUUUGCUAAUGGAAUGCUUGACUGACUGGAAAAUGUAUUUCAAGAUGGCAUCUAGUGCCAAUGGAGCUGGCUCCAUGCUCCCUUUUCCUGGAGGUACCUGGUUACCUACCCUGGUAUUCAGUAUCUCAGCUGCUAUGAAACUAAGCAGGGUUAAAGCUACACACACAGUUCUGCUCGUGUGUAGGAGGACUUUGAAGAUGUUUGGCAUGUUCAGUACUCUGAAGUGACCUUGAGGUGUCAUUCAUGUUGCUGAUCUCUGCUCCUGUUUCUUGUCCAUGAACAGCUGCACAGUUUCAGUUGUCACAGGUCCUGGCUGCUUAUUUCUCAUGUCCAUGGGUGCCCACAUGAUUUUCCUCCAAAAGCUGCUCCAGAAGCAUCUUCAUCAACAAGAUCAUGCCUUGAUUCAGUACCACUGGUUAGAAGGGUGGCCUCUGAGGCCAGGUUUGAUUUUAACUAAGGGCAAAAGAGAAAGCAGCUCUUACCCUGGAGUUGGCUGCCUUGGUUUAUUCAUUGUGGGUGGAUGUACUUAAAAACUACAUGAGCACUUCCCUUAACAUUAGUGAGCACUGCUGGCAGCCUCAGCAAUGAAGCAAUGUGGCAAAAGUAGUAUUUUUGGUUUAGUAAAUCUGGUCAGUUACAAGUGUUUACCAAAUGCCGUGAAACAGAAAAAUUAACUUGUUCAUAAAGUCUCUGCAAGCAACACCAAUUAGAGAUUACAGAAAUACAUUAUUAUUUUUUAUUAAUAAUGCACAAUUCUGCUUGAUAAGGCAUCAGAAUGGGAUUUUAAAUCAUUUCAGUGUCCUGUGGAUCAUAGCCACAUCCCAAAGCAGCAGGGCAGCUCUGCUGACAGGUAUUGGACACUUGCACUUGUGUAGGAUUUCUGUAUGGGAUCCAUGUUCUUGCUUGUCCCAAGAUAAAGUCUAGUGUGGUGUUAAAUCCAGAUCAAGCUGAGGAGCUUGUCUUGUCUCAGACUACAUAAGGGGAUGGAAAUUGAAUUUCUGAUUGAUUUCCUCUCCUGCAUUUGGCAUCGAAAGUGAAAAAAAAAAAUUAUGUUACUUGAGAAUUUAAGGAAAAAAAAUCAGCAGGAAUUUAUCUACAAAAUGAGACUCUACUGCCAGUUUCUAGUAACCACUGUAAUGAAAUAACUUUCUAGCAAUAACUUUGGUGUUGUGCACCGUUGCUGAAAUCAGCAGUCAAUAGCAGAGAUAUGAGCUCAUGGCUGCUCCCCAACCUGUAAAAAGCUGUGACCUCCCUUGACAGUGUGUGCAAGUGUCUGAUGGGAAGCAGUGGAGAGGGAAUCAGGCUCUUCCCAGUGGUGCCCAAGGAAGUGAUAAAUAGACAGGAGCACAAACUGAAAUACAGGAAAAUCCAUUUAAACAUUAGGAAAAUGUGAAGGUGGUCGAACACUGGCACAGGUUGCCCAGAGAGGUUGUGGAGUCUCUGUUCUUGGAGAUGCUCAGAUGCUGACUGAACUUGGCCCUGCUUGCUCAGAGGUUGGAGCAGAUCUCCACAGGUCCCUUCCCAUCUCAGCCAUUCCAUGAUUCUCUGAGCACAUUGAACAACCUUUCUUUGCAGCUCUACAGUUCUAAAUUUUGUCCUCCCUGCAACACAAACUUCCAGAUGGGCUAGAAAAUAUUCAUAAUAAUAUUUCCUCCCUUUUAAGGUAAGCUGCUGUUUGCUUGGGCAGCUGUGCCAGGAGUACAAUUACCUUUUUUGAGAUACUUGCUUUCAGCAAAGAUUUUAAAUACUGUAGCUGGUGAUGUUUCAGCAGUUGAACAUGAAAAGGAUUUUAACUGUUUCUAACAUUGAUUAACCAAGUGCUGCAUGCCAUAUUCCAAACAUAACUGUGAGUUUAUUAAUCUUUUAAAAUUUAAUUUAAAAUUUCAUGUGGAAGUGUAUAAUCCCUGCUAUCCUCUUAGGAAGGAGAGAUCAACAUCCUGAACUUCCUUGCCUGUACAGACAAUGGUCAAUGCCCUUUUAGUGAGGCAGCACAAUUUUAUUUUGCCAUUAGAAUAAAUAGACUUCACAAAGGACUGAGAGCAAGGCAAGGGCUGUUUUCUCUGAAAUAAAGAAGCUUGGAAUUUGGGAAGCUUGGAGCUACCUUGCAAAGAAGAUUUUAAUUAUAAACCACGAUGAGCUGUGAUCUUGACAUGAGAUACAAAGUGAUAUGUUUGUUGGAGCAGUUUACACCUGUCAGGUGUAAUCUUUUCUCAUUUCAUAGAGAAUGGAUCUGUUCAGUAAUUCACACCUUCCUCAGAAUCUGUGACAUACCCAUGUUAAAAAAAAAAAAAAAGAAUAUUCAUACUAAUGUGCUCAAUUUGCAGAAGUUCUGUUUCACAGUAGCUGGAUCCUGUAGCAAUGGGCUGCUGCUUCCUCUGCUUGAGUCCCUGAGGGUUGCUCAUGUGAUACCUGUUCUAAACUCCCACUGACCUGCUCUAAAUUAGGUCAGGUUUAUAUCUUCAGUGAAGAAUUGGGCUUAACAUCUCUUGCCAGGAACAAACAUCAGAAAUGAUCUGUAAAUAUAUUCUGUAGCUAAUGUUUUGUAGCCACAGCAGGCUAACAGGUAGUUUUGAAUGUCAAGGUACACAUUUUUAUUUGUUUAGAGUUACACAAAGCUCAUGUGCAGAACAAAAUUCAAAGACUCAGCACAGUCCUGUGUAAUAUUCCAUUCCCUCCUCUCCUGCAUAUUAUACCUGUAUCUUUCCCUGAGUUCCUGCUGUCUGUCUCAUGGAGCUGUCUCAGUGCUAGACAGUGCCCACUGUUCAUUUAGGGGCUUGAAGGAGACUGACCAGCAUUGUCUGAUUCACUUGCAAACCUCUAGUUAAAGAUAAAAGGUUAAUCUCAACUAGCCUAGGUCCUGAUUGAUGGCAGGAGAACAAGCACUUUAACCCAGAGAGGGAGUCUGUAAUGAUGGAUAAUCUUCCCUGGCCAUCCUGGGAGCAUGGAAGGUGUGACCCUGCUGGGCACUGGUGGCUUCAGUGCCACCUGUGUGAGCUCAGAGGCACAGGAGGCUUUUCCUGGCAGCACAUGGAGCUGUGGGAGAGGAGAAUGCUUUGUGUUUGUGUCCACUCAACUGCCCUCACAUUCUUUCUCCCUUCUGGAGUGAAUUUGUGUCAGGUCCCCUCUUCCUGGAGUGAUUUGCAGUGCCUGUGGCCACUGCUCAAGUCCACCCACUCGUUUUUGGAGCCACCUGUGCAGGAGAGACCAAAAGUUGUUUACAAAACAUGAACUCUGGGCCUGGAUUAGUCUCUACAUGCUGAGAAUUGAGAUGUGCAUAAUGACAUUGUGCUAAAAUCAGUGCUACUCACACUCAAUAGAAACACUUCAGAAACCUGCAGUAUGAAUUGUUGAUGUCUGUGGGCUGAUUUUUAUCUCAGAUGGGGAGAAAUCCAUAAUCCAUGUGUUACACAAAAGAAUUGGAGGACCAAGGUUUCCAGCUACUCAUACUGCCUUUUGAGUAUCUUAACUGUGUCUUGAUUGGAUGGUGUUAAUUUGUUGUCUGAGACUGUUAUGGUGAUUGUAUUGAUUAAUUUUAUUUUAAAAUAUGUGGCAAGGAAGAUUGUAAUAAAAGCAUCUACCUUUAUUAUACUGUGCACACACAAAUUGUUUAGAUCCUAUUUUUAAAUAUGUUAAUCAUUUCAGAAUUAAACAGCACAAGAAUGGUUUGAUAGUCUUGCUGAAUAAAGUGGAUGUAAUUAAA